UGCUGGCAACACUCUUCCUAAUGCACCCCAGGAUUCUUUUCUGAAUAAAAGAAUAAUAGCUAUAUUAUAAGGGCUGAAAGCAGAGCUUAAGAGAUCUUCAUACACAAUUUCAAAUAUAAUUUGAUCAUGAUCAUCUAACCUGUUUUUACAAAAAGAAUCCUCCAAGGAAGAUGAAUCCACAGCUUUCGAAGCAGGCAUCUGUCCUUUCUUCAGAAUCCUUUUUAUUUGGUGGGCAAUACCUUGAAUGGAAAAUAGAUUUAGUCGUAAGUGAAAAAAAUUGUGCUUGGAGAAACCUUUGCAAGGGCUAAGUAUUUGGGCUUCCUAUAUUUGUCAGACCAGCAUUAAUUGCUUUGGAGCGUAGACCAGCAUUAAUUGCUUUGGAGCGUAAGAGGAAGUUAUUAAUGAAAGAUAAUCAGCCCUGUUGCUGCUGUUUAUAGGAAGAAAGGAAACAGCACAUCUCCGGCAAAUGAUGUGGCAACAUUCGUUAUUAAAGAACGACAUCCUGACAGACUCUGCACAAAAAAGUUUCAUGUAUGAAGACAACAGUGUACUGUAUUCCUCUCUAGGAAAGAGAGUAACUCCUGUGGUGGUAGGAUGAGGAGGAUGCAGGCUGGGGGGAGACAGGGAGAGGGAAACAGUGCAAACAGUUGUAUGCAACACAACGCACAAUUGCUCUUAGAGCUUCUUGGGACUAUUUGGAAAGAAAGGCCCCGCCAAAACGUGUUAAUCUGUAAUUUUGGAGAAGAAAGGGCAGGAGAGAGAGCAUGUCACAGUAUAUUUCAGAUGCUAUUGUUUUAGGAACGGACCAUUAUACAAAAUAAGUAGGCUACAGCUCAUCUAACUCAGUGCCGCUAUUGCAUCUGCUAUGCGUCGCUGUGUGUGUGUGUGGAAGGCAGAAGAGGUGAACCGUCCUCAAGUCAUCAUUGCUAUUGUUUGAAUGUAUUAUUUUUUCAUCUGGGUCACACCAAGGGUGAAUGUGCCCCUCACUUUAAAUUUGGUGACACCUGUUUUCCGUGCCAGGUCAGGGCAACUGUCAGACUGGAAUGCAAGCCUUAGGUGAUCAGUCCUAGGGAGCAGGGAGAAGACAGACGGCCCCAGCUGUUUGCAGUGUUCAGACAGGUAGACCAGAAGGCAGAGCACAGAGGCUGUUAUUGACAUUCCAGCUAAUUGUUAAAAAAAUGCUGGUUAAGUGAUUCACUUAACAUCUGUUCUACACGAAAUAUUUUCACAGGGAUGAACUGUGUGUGACAAACAUUGCAGCUAUGCACAGAGGUGCUUUACUGUUUUAUGCAAACAUUUUGUUUUCAGUAGUUAUGAUGAGAGCUCAUUGUAGUUUCUAAUCUAACUUAAAAGGUGAGAUACUUUUUGAUUAAUGUAUUUAACCUGACAUCAUUUGUAAAUAAUGUGGAAAUAUCUAUGGUCUUGAGGCACAGAACUUGCAUGCCACUGUCCCCGCUAUCACUUUAUUUCUGCAAGGGAAAAGAAGAAUGCCAUAGAUGAGAUUUUAAAACAUGACACAUGAACACAUCUUGGGCAUAGAUGUCCUAGGUAUUAGAUCAGCUCUUUUCUAAUUGGUUGUACCAUGAUUACAAAUCAGUCUGGCCCUGUUCUGUGUUUAAAGUAAGCAAAUGUCCUAAAAAUCAACACACACAAUCUGCUGUACAAAAUGUCAGCAGAAAUAGUGGUAUGCAAUGAUAUUAAAGCAAAUGCAAAUGCAAAUGCAAAAAAAAAAAAAAAUGCAAAAGAGCACAUCAGAAAGCACGGUGUGCAACAAUCUGGCUGUAUAGCUUUACUAACAUGCUCCAAAUAACCUAUAUUUUUAAGGAAAACUAAGUAAAACAAAUUCUCAUUUUGAAAAGAAGAGCUCUUCCCUGUUUCUUCUAGUCCAUUUGAGAAACAAAAUGCAGAGAUCCUUGUUUUGUAAAGAAAACAAAAAUUAUAAAACCUCAAUCAUUUAUCUGCAGGGACUGAAAUGCAUCACUACUGAGCUACAGUUUCUAAUUGUGCUUACUUUAUACUUGGGGAAAAAAAGGCACCAAAAAAAAAAGAAACCCCACACCCCACAGAAAAAAAGUUCCCAAUAAUGAGUCUGAAACCCCUUGAAAAAGACAAUAACCAGAGUUUCAAAUAUGGAGAUCAAAGCAGAGCUUAAUUAUAACACUGUUAGAAAAAUUUGCAGAAAAGACUUGUCAGGCUACAGCUCAUCCUAGUCUUGUCAAUCACCCACCAUUGUUACCAGGCAGAAAAAUGAAGUAUAUGAGAAGCUUUUAAGCACACAGAGUAUUUUUUGCUAAACCACCCCCACACACCCAUUUAAUUUCUGACCCAUACUGACAAAAGCUUAGAUGAAUGAGUUGUUGUUUGGCCCUUCCCACUUUGUAUAGUCAUUGGCUGGCUUGGUUCUAAAAAAGAUUUAAAAAAGGACAAUAAUUUGCCUUUGCCUGGGAUCUGAGGCUGUGAGGGUGCUGCAAAGCUAAUCUGGGGGCUGCCACCAUGCAGAUCUCUUGGGCUAUGUGCUCUGUUUGUGUCUUAAUCCAAAUUGCAUUUCGAUCGGUGGAAGGGUGGCAAAUGUUUAAAAAUGAUGCUACAGAAAUCAUUCCCGAGAUCACUGAAAAUACAGAAGCACCGAUGGAGCAGACUUACAGUGACAACAACAAUACAAUGAACCAGGCAAAGCAUGGGGGAAGACAGAUACAACAGUCUCCAGACCCUAAUGAUGCUUCCGACUUUAGCUGCAGAGAAAUGCGAACCACCCACUAUGUCACUGAGGGGCCUUGCCGCAGCGUCAAGCCUGUCAAGGAACUGGUCUGCUCUGGCCAGUGUGUCCCCUCACACCUCCUUCCCAACUCUAUUGGUAGAGGGAAGUGGUGGCGCCAGAACGCCCUGGAUUACCGCUGCAUCCCUGCUCACACUCGCACGCAGCGCAUCCAGAUGACAUGUCCUGAGCAAGAGACUCGGACUUACAAAUUCCGAGCUGUCACCGCCUGCAAAUGCAAGCGCUACACUCGCUACCACAACCAGUCUGAGCUCAAGGACUUUGGGAAGGAAACUGUCAGGCCUCAGAAGAACAAGAAGCCCCGUCUCUCCAGAGCCAGGAGCAGCAAAUCCAACCAGCCUGAGCUAGAAAAUGCUUAUUAGACGGUCGCUCUGAGUGGUACAGCCCAGCAGCUCUGGAUAUUUUACAGGACAUCAGAUGGGACUCACAGGCCGCAGAAUGGGGUUCUGGCUGCAGGAGGUUCCAAUUGCUCCUGCUAAGCUGGGUCAAAGGCUCACAUAGUCCAAAAUGUAUCAGAUUAUAACAACUGUAGUCUGAUAAGAGAAUGAGAUAAAUUGAGCUGGUGGUAGCAACACCUAAAUUCAGGCUGAGAGGAGAGGUACACCUUGGAGAGUUGCAUGAGGUCACGUGGCUUGUACUUUGAGGAAGGCAGAGGAAAGAGGACGUGUUAUGGUGACAAUCACUACGGUGACAGGAAUUUUUAAUAGCCUUUUCCAACUUUUCUAGGCACUACGAUGCAGGACAAUCGUGAGGUUAGGGAACCAUCAGGAGAGUUACCACUCUGAAUGAGUUGUAUAAAAUUGGCGAUAUCAGGGAUUUCAACAGUUAUGGUGAAUGAAGUCAAGUUGUUAGGAAAUUAACAUCCUGUCAGAUGUCCUCAUGCCCCAGUUGGUUCCUCUGUUAAGGAAAAACACACCCCUAAACGACACUUGAGUUCUCAAAACAAAAAUGUGAUAAAUCUGUUUCAUAUCUUUAAUUAGAAUAAUGCAGGAUCAACAGAUUCAAGAUGAGCUUUGACAUCUAAAACAUCGGAUUUGUUUUAGGGACAAUUCUACUCAGCGGAGCCGGUUCAUGAAAUGGAUGCUCCUCUCAAACCAGCUAACCGCACUGAUGUGUCCUGUAUACAGCUAACAAUGUGCAUAAUUUUUACAUAAGAGAUGCUGAUUUUACUUUAUUCCUGCAGACAAGAUUGACUUUAGCAUCAACUUAGACAUCUCAAUUUACAUUUUCUAUUCUGUAGAGUUUGGAUCAUCUGGCUGUACACUUUUUACUGCCAAGACUGGGCAAGGCAAGCUCGGGGAGUAAAGUGCCGGUUCUGCAUUAAAGCGAGCCUCUGCUAAUUUGAAAGCCACGAAUUCCUCCUGAAAAGUCUUUGGUAUGCUCAGUUUAGUUCGGCAGCAACUUUCCUUUAACUUAGCUUCUCAACAUUCAGACUAGUGCUUGUGUUUUUACAUUAACGAAUAUUAUCGGAAAGCAAAUAUUCACGUGCUGUAUAUAUCCUCUAGAAAUGCUAACCCUAGUACCAGAUAAACACAAUUUGCGAUGAAGACAGUUCCUCACUGUUCUUAUUUUCUAUGUAGAAUUUAUGCUAAAAAUCAUAUACACUAUGGAAAUUUCCAUUGUUCAUAGAUUUUUUGCAACUAUUUUAUGUGGGACCAGAAUCUAGGGAGAAAAGCUAUUGUUUCAGAGAAUGAAUUAUGUAUUUAUUUUUUCCUCAGAAAUUAUUUAUGCAAUAUUUUUCCUUGUAGAGGAUGAGAAUUAGUACUGCUUUAAAAAAUAUUAGUCUGUUAUUUCGAAUUUUCACUACAUUGUUAAUAAAGUAGCAACGCUGAUUAAUUAUAGGAAGACUCACUGAUUUUCGGCUAAAGUUUAAAGCCGGUUUGCUGUAAAGCCUGUGACUCACAGAACAGUCUGGGGCUCGACUCUGGCCAGGGAGCUACAUUUCUGUGCUAGAGAAUGUCAGGGUCCUUAAUCCUCAAUCAAUAACCCACACAUCUCUGAA